AUGGAUAUGUCCAGCUCCCGGAAACGCGCCCGCGAGACGGAGAGCGUUGACGAGGAGCCAACCGGGCGACGUAAGCAGCCGUCGAGCCCUCCCCCAGCCCGGAGCAGCACACGGCAGCCAGCUCCCACGUGCAGCAACCGGACCACGGCAGCGCCAUUUCCCCACAAUCGGGCGAAACAGCCGCCACCUCCUCUCCGCCUGCCGCCCAAGACGGAGGCCCUCCAGGAAGGGCGAGCACCACCUCUCGACAUCCCGCCGAGUCUACAGCCGCCGCCUCCACGGCCCCUCAGAGGCCCUGAUCACCCCGCGGCGCGGUUCCUGAAGGACCCACCAUGCCAGCCUGCUUCGCGGCCGAAGCCAAAGGGGCAGAAGAAGAAGCAGAAGAAGAGGAAGGAGCCUGCCCAUGUUUCCCGUUCGCCUCCCAGGGCAACGGACGACUCGCGGCGCCCACCCGCUUCCCUGGUCACCCCCAGUGUGCCUACAGCCGCAGUACAGAGAGUGACACCAUCCGCCCGCGAGUCCACCACGUACGACUUCACGCUGGUGCAAUCAAAGAGGGACCGGCGCCGUGCACGAGCCCUGGAGACUGCUGCACUCCCGGUUGACCCCGCGGUCGUCGAGCAACUGGCCGAACUCUUCGCCGAUGCCUUCGCUCCACCGCCACCGUCUGUGCGCCCCGUCAGUGCACCCUGCGAACUACCGCCGCACAACAAGGCUGAACUCCUCGCUCCUCUGCGCUACUUUCCUACGAGGGCAAUCUUGGAGCACGUAGAGGUGCUUUGCUCGGCCGAGUUUACCCUCA